GAAGGGGGUAAUCGAUCUGGGCCCCAGAUCUAGAGAUUUCUUCUCUUUACGUUGUGAUUUCACGGCCAAUGGACGGGAGGGAGAUGGCUUCGCCAUGGCCGCUGAACCCGACACUGCCCUACCGUGAGGACUGCAGGAGUAAGGCCGAGACCUUGGCGCUGGUGGAGGGAUAAAAAAAAACUAUGCAUCCGAGGAUGGCAGAUUUUUUGUUCCACGUUGCAAUCACUCCGAUGGCUGCCGCAGCCAAUCAAUGGCCAAGGAUUAUGAUCUCAUGAUGAUGGAUGAAUUCCAAUGUAGGAGAGGAAGGUGUUUCACCUCCGGCAAGGGGCGGCAACAGCAGCCUUGGCACCGACGGAGGGAGAGGUAGCGUGGGGCUCUUGCUAUGAUCGAAUCGGGGGUGAUCGUCGUCGGCGAGUCGCUUAUUCGUCUCCACAAACGUUUUCCCUACAACCAAAUGGGUUUGCCAAGAUGAACUGAGUCGACUCACCAGGCGACUCGGGAAAACUCAGCCCGAGCCAACUCCUCCACCAACCUCUAAUCCAACUUCCCCGAUUAAUUCCCAAUCUCUUUCGCUCUCCCUCUUCAUCCGUCCUCCCAUAAUGCCUCUCCUUCUCCAAGCCCUCCUCCCUUCCACCCUCCCUUCUUCUUCUUCUCUCCUCAACCCCUCUCUCUCAAAGAACGCCCCUUUCUCCUGUCCGCAUCGCUUCUCUGCUCUCAAGUAUCCCUCCUCUCGCCGCCUCCUGCGAUGCUCUCUUGUAUCCGUUUCCACCGAGGUGCCCCCCACGAUGGGGGAGCCCCGGGGAGCCCGCCUCUCGCCGGCCGAGGUCUCGAGGACCAUCAUGGAGCUCUCCUCCACGGGCACCCUCUCCACGCUAACCCCCGAAGGGUGGCCGCUCGGCAUCGGCGCUCGCUUUGUUGUCGAUGCUCGGGGUGCCCCUGCCCUGUGCCUGAGCCAGCCUGAUAGCUUGUUUGGAAUCGGCGGUCGGGCCAGCUUCCACGUACAGUUUGAGCAGAGUGGGUCGCGAACUCCACAGUGCACGCUGCUCGGAAGCCUGAGCAAACCUGACGAUGAAUUGCUUCUGAGGAAGCUUCGUAUGAAAUGGGAGAAGCAGUUUGGAGAACAAGUGAAUGGAGAGCUUGUAUACUUAAUGUCAAUAGAGCGGGUGCUUCACAUGGAAGAUUUCAAGGAGAAUGGUGUAUGGGUGGCCUGUUCAGAGUAUAUGAAUGCAGACCCCGAUCCUCUUCGAGACUUUGCUGAAAAAAUUGUGGAGGAGAUGAAUUUAAGACAUGCUGAAGAUGUUCAGCGAUUGUGCAAUGUUUUUGUGGACUCGGGAUUUCAGCAGGUAAUGGGUGCAAAGAUGAUUUGGGUCGAUAGGCUAGGUUUUGACAUGCAUUUUUAUUCUGAGAAAGGGGUAUUUGCAGCCCGAAUCCCUUUUCCAAGAGAAGUUGCAGAUGAGAAGGGUGUGAAAUCGUCAUUUAAUUCCAUGUCUCAUCUCGCAUGGGAGGUUGAGAAGAAUUAUGUUGUUCCAGACUUUGAGAAGGUGACAUGCUUGAAGAAGAUAAUGUAGGAGGUGUGGAUUCUUAUUGCGGCUUCCGUAUCCUGUUUAAGAGCUUGAUCAUUGCUUGUAUUGAUAUGCACGGUGAUUUAUGGAUUUUUUUUUUAACUCUUGUAUUUCAUCAGUGGCAUUAUCUCAUAGAGUUAUUUGGUGAAAGACACAGAAUUCGUAAUAAAUUCAAUUUUUUUUUCUCCAGCAA